AAGACUAGCUGACAAAUCUCAAAUCUGUUGCGAAGCUGCCUGCAUCAUCUUCCAAGCGAGCCAGAAACCGACUCAGAACCCAAGGAACAAAAAUGGCGUUCACAUUCGCGGCCUUUUGUUACAUGCUCGCGCUGCUGCUCACGGCGGCGCUUAUCUUCUUCGCUAUCUGGCACAUAAUAGCAUUUGAUGAGCUGAAGACUGACUACAAGAAUCCUAUAGAUCAGUGUAACACUUUAAAUCCGCUGGUUCUCCCGGAAUACCUCAUCCAUUUCUUCUUCUGCGUGAUGUUCUUCUGUGCGGCCGAGUGGCUCACCCUCAGUCUCAACCUGCCGCUGCUGGCUUAUCACGUCUGGAGGUACAUGAGCAGGCCUGUGAUGAGCGGUCCGGGACUGUACGACCCGACAACCAUCAUGAACGCGGACGUCCUGGCGUUCUGUCAAAAGGAAGGCUGGUGCAAACUGGCUUUCUACCUCCUCUCAUUCUUCUACUAUCUCUAUGGGAUGAUUUAUGUUCUGGUGAGCUCUUAAGCCGGAGGGCGGAGGACAAGGACCUGCCUGCAUGUACAGUAGACGACCAGACGCUAAGUUCUUGGUGCUGGAACACUGGACCUGCUGGAGACCCGUUCAGCAACAAGACGCCAUUUCAAGCGGACGAACCCCCCCCCCCCCAUCCCCCAUUUAGCCCGUAUUAAGAGAAUAUCUCGUCCGCUGCGUUCCUCACAGCACUAUAGUUUAAAUGCGGACAAACCUGAAUGGACCUUUAUUUUAUUUUAUAAAUUGUGUGAUUUUUGAAUGCUUGGAAUUUAAAUCCUUUUUUUCCCUCUCCCCCCCCCCCCCCCCUUGCCUCCAAACUUCUGCAUCAUCACACAUGUAGGUAGACAUUUCCAGGUGUGAGAAUCUGAGCCGUGUUGCCGAACUGCAUUUAGUUUUACCCGUGAAUUUAGAUUCUCUGGCUUUUUUGACGGCUAACGCAUCACCUGCAGCGUGAUUCAUCAUCAUCAUCACGAAGACGUACUCCACCUCCAUUACGGCUCGCGGUCUUUAAAGUGGCGGGCGAGGGCUGAAGUGUGCGUGGGUUGUUUUCACCGAGUGAAAACGUGUUGCACGGGGAACAAUCGGCCGGUCGUCAUGUUGGGUUUCUAGAACCGUCUGAUGGACUCGCUCCAUACUUCAGAUGCAUCCAUCAUCGCAGCUGCACCACGUAAUCCCUGUUGAACUCAAUGGCAAUAUUUAAGUGUGACCCCGGAGUAGCCAGCAACGUGUAACCUGUACUCCUGUAGAAUCGCUCUCGCGGCAAUCAAUAAAACUAGAAGGUAGACUCAACGGUACAAUAAUGUAGGAGAGCAUUAGGAAGCAGAAUAUGCCAUACUGUUGAAUGUACCUUUAAAAAAAAAAAAUCUUAACAUUGA